CAAUAAAUAAGACGGCAUGCGUCGAGUCUGUCACUGAGUGUUUUCAGCUGUGCCUCAGAGGUGUGAGUCCCACGUGAAAGCAACAAGGUCGAGCUGGACAUGGACAUCGUGGAUGUGGCGUUUGCGAUUGCUGACACUGUGAUGUCACUCGGGGGCAUGAUAGCUAAAGCUGUACCAACACAUCGCCAGUGCAACAUUGAGAUUGAAAAUAACUCUUGCAACUACACUCUUCAAAACCCCAGGAUGUACACGCGGCGUGGACGCUGCAGCAAACCUUUGCCCCCCACGAUCGGACAGUCCUCAUCCGGAGAGGUGGAAUUCAAGAAGACUCCGAACAUGGCGUGUGGAUCCGUGGGCAUCUUCACCUAUGACCUCGUUGAUAAGGAAACAACGGCAGCCAGCGAGCAGAUAGCCGUCCUGUUCAAGGUGCCGUUUGACCACAACAGGAAGUCAAACAAGUACGCAGUGGGAGUAUUUGACAUCGGCAAAACCUGUAAUCGUGACCUCUUUCAGGAGAUGUCAAAGAAAAUGGACACAGUGUUUGUCAGAGGCAAAGCAAAGGAAAAUGGUCUUUCUUACAGAGGUGAUCAUGUGACCAUCAUGGCCACGAUGUCAGACUGUCACACUCCUGUCAUAAAGGUGGAAGUGAGUGAUACUGAUGCAAACAUGUGAACAUAUGUGUUAUUUCCUGCAUGAAUGUGUAGAUUUUGUACACAUUACAAUUAUGUUGUACUGUUAACUAGAGCUGAUGGCUGAUGUGAGGUCUAAGUAAUCAGCGGAACCAGUAUCUGUUUGAAAAGUCACAACUUUAUUCUGUAUUUAUUGUCUUUUUUAUUUCAUCCACCCAUUUUCACUUGUUUAUAUUGAGCACAACAGAACAGACGUGUCUGUCCUGCUGAAACGGUUUGAAUAAAAUCUGAGUUCAAUAAAGUCUCAACACACUCAAAGCCAUCGUCUGUGUGUAUUUAGUCCUCAUUACUUUGAAUCAGUUCAUGUAUAAUGUUUUAACGUGUGAUUAGUUCAGCA